CGAUAGCUCAAAGCUCCUCACAGCGUUUUAGCCAAUCAAAAAAUACGAUCUUGUCCCUACCCCAGAUUCUGAUAAGAGACGGGAGUAGAAGCAAUGCCUUGAUGCGAUAGGGAACACCAUCGCACCCUAUUCUUAGCUGUGUUGUGUGCAAACGUCGAGCAGGUUGUAACAUGUAAAGAAGCCACACGAUGCCGAAACUUCGAUCAAAGACUGGCUGUCUGACUUGUCGCAGCCGCCGCAAAAAAUGUGACGAGACUCGUGAUAGAUGCGAAAAUUGCUCUCGGAACGCUCUCAAGUGCUCUUGGCCCACGAAGGACCAAGAAAAGGAUAGGAGGCAUCGGCCGCGGAAAGACUUGCGCCACGAUCCGAUAGGCGACGGCGAAGGAAUUCUGGCAUUGAUACGCUCCAGUGGCCAUGUUAUGCCCCUCGACGACCCGUUGUUGCAGAGCACAUUCUCAUCCGCUUCGCCGAUAACACGUACGCCCUUCCAAUGGCGAUUCCAAGCACAGCUUGUGGAAUCGCCGUCGGCCACAGAGGAAUCUAGCUCACCCAUUCUGCUCGCAUAUUUCGUGCACGAAUUCCUACCCCGUCGCAUCCAUCCCCGCUCUGAUCGGCAGUACUUCGAUUUCUCCUACACGUACGAGCUUGCGCGGUCCUGCCCUACUCUUCGAUAUGCCUGUUCGGCGUGUGCGAUGUGCGCAUUGGCCGAGAAAUCUCAAGCUCAAGAACUGGCGUCGAGGGCCCAUCAAUUUUACUCCCAGUCCAUCUGUUCUCUACGACGUGCGCUCCAAGGAGGAGCAUGCGACGGCACUGAGGAUUGGCUCCUAGCAACCGUGGUUACAUUAUGCUUGUACGAAAAUCGAAAACCUGAAUAUGACCCUUCCGCUGUCGCAGCUCACAUCGCAGCUGCCGGCCAAGUUUUCAGGAAACGAGCUCAAAUGAGCGCAAGUGCCGGUAGCAUCUCGUCGUACGAUCAACUGUCGAACAAAGAGACGCUUUCAAGUUUGAUAUUCGAACGGGUCUUUACGGAAUCCUUCUUGUAUCACUGCAUGGUGAUGUCAGUUCAGGAGAAGACUCUAGCGCCGCUCCAAGAGCCACUGCUUCGGAACAUCUUUGACAGUUAUUUUGACAAUUGCGCUUUGUCCACGUCACCAGGGCCAGAGUAUUGGCCUGUUCUAGGAAUGCACUACUGUAUUAUACGGCUAUUAUCUGAUAUACUUGCCUCCUUGGACAAGCUCUUGAUUGCACAAGAUGCACUCGAAUGCUGGCAUCUUGAGGAUCUCUUGUUUCAGCUUCAAACCUGGAAAGACCACAUCAGUUUGCAUAACGAUGGGCUCCACGUCCAUCUCUACAUAUCGGCCGCGAAUCUUCUCGUUUAUCGGAACCUGUCCCUUGUUUCUACGUACGAGCAUUACGACAUGGUUGCUCGCGAUGAAGCAGAACGAUGCAUAAAAUGUCUAUCGAAAAUAAAUAUCUCUCAGGCCGCUUUCACGCGCUACUUCAAUUGGCCGCUAGCGAUUCUUGAGCGGACCAUUCAGGAUACGAAGGCGUCACAUAUUAUUCGUGAAAAAAUUAAGGAAGUGUGCAUUGAUUCGGCCGCAACUCGAGCAUUCAAUUGGAUUGCUGAUGGCUUUGAAAAGAGAUUCAAACUCAGGAGUGACCAUGCCCAAACUCGGUGAAGACCGGGAUCUGUAUUGUAUAGCAUCAUAUUAACGACCUGAUAAUUUGUCCUCAUGAUUCUAAUAAUG